CUCAUCGAGUCUGACUGUGUUGUCCUUCAGUCAACAUGGUGCCCAGCACGGAGACGACGCACAUGCAAACCGACGUGUCGUCCAUGAAUUUAAACUAAUUAUAAUAACGUUAAACCGAAAACUAAAGGACAUGUUUACAUCCGUCGCUUCUUCGUGUGUUCGUCACGGCAGUAGAACCAGGAAGUUGGUGACUGAUGCUCUGAUAUUGACGGGGCUCCAGACACUGUCACUACAGCGGACACACACUCUCUUCAACCCCGCUCCUGGUUAUGUAUGUAGAGCCCCAGCAGCCAGGUCUGUGUCCGGGUCGAGCGUCUGUCACCGGGACGCACAUCUGCCGCGUGCUGCCUCCGUAGACACAGACCAGACCGAAGACUUCGGCUCCCUGUCUACUGACAUCUCCUCCAGGAGGCUGUUCAAAAAAAGCAGCCCUGAAUUUCAGGAUUUGAAAUACCGAGACGAUGACGCCUUGGAUGAAGAGAAGGGGAAAGAAGAAGAAGAGGAGUUGGCUCGGAGGAGGCCGGCCAGGAGAAACACGGCCUACUGGUACCAUUUACAGUGCAGGAAGCUGAUCAGAGACAACAAGUUACAGGAGGCGCUGGAUUUGUUCAGCACGGACAUGCUGCGGGUGGAGCGGCUGCGGCCAGAGGAGUUCAACUACAGUGUCCUGAUAGGAGGCUGUGGCCGAGCAGGAGACACGAGGAGAGCCUUCAGACUCUACAACGAUAUGAAGAAGCGAGGGCUCGUCCCGACGGACGCCACCUACACCGCACUGUUCAACGCCUGCGCCGAGGCUCCGAGUAAACAAGCUGGUCUUCAGCAAGCUCUGAAGUUGGAGCAAGAACUUCGCCGGAAAAACAUCCCACUCAGCACUGUCACGUACCACGCCCUUCUCAAGAUGCACGCCCUCACUAACCAUCUGCAGGCCUGCGUUCACACUCUCAGGGAGAUGCUGCAGAAUGGGCACGUCGUCACUCACGACACCUUCCACUUCCUGUUGAUGGCCUGUCUGAAGGACAAAAAAACAGGGUUUCGACUGGCUCUCCAGAUUUGGCGCCAGAUGCUAAAGUCAGGGAUUCGACCUCAAUCCAAUAACUAUAAUCUACUCCUGAGAUGUGCGAGGGAUUGUGGGAUCGGUGACCCCGGCCUGGCCUCUGGUGUUCUGCUGAGUCCGGUGUUGAAGAACGUCAGAAGGACGUCCACAAACAUAGCUGUGAUGGAUGUGGACCACUUGGAGAAGCAGUUGUUUCUGCUCCCAGCUGCUGCAGAGACGUGUCCGGAGCAGGAGUCCAACCAACUGAUCCCGGUCAGACAGACGGAGGACAUCUGCCCGUCCGUGGACACAGGGUUCUCCUCCGCUCCUAAUGUGCUGGACAUUUUUGAAGGCAGGACCGGGGAAGUGGUCUCCCUCGGGACCGUGGACACGCCGUCGGAUCGACUGGCCCUGAUCGGAGGACCUGCAGGGUUUUUGGAGAAGAUGAAGAUUGAUGGACUCCAACCAGACCUGAAAACCUUGACCCAGUUGGUGGACAUAGUGGAUCCUGGUGACGCGUCUCUGCAGAUGCUGCUCAGAACAGCCAAGCAGCAUCGAGUCAGGCUGGAUGUCGCAUUUUUUAACUCUGCCAUUCGCAAAGCAGCAAAAGCUGGAAAUAUGGAGGCAGCAAAGGCUGUGCUGAGUCUGAUGCCACAGUACAAUGUGAAAGUGAACAUACAAACAUUUGGGUGUUUGGCUUUAGGCUGUGAGAGGAAGGAGGACGCCGUGGAGCUGCUGAAGCAUAUGGAGGAGGCUGGAUUUAAGCCUAACAUCCAGGUGUUCUCCGCUCUAAUCGGCCGAGCAGCUCGGAGACUGGAUUACGUUUACCUGCAAACAAUCCUGAAAACGAUGAAGGCCCUGGGGGUGGGGCCUAAUGAGGUCAUCAUCAAACAGCUGGAGUUUGCUGCUCAGUAUCCUCCCAACUACGACCAGUACAAGUCCAGAAACAACUACCUGGUACAUAUCGAUGGUUUCCGUGGUUAUUACCAGCACUGGCUCAAAGUGAUGCCUGCUCACUGCCCUGAGGAUGAACAGGCCGAGCAGCAGAGGGAAGAGCGAAGGCCCAGACUUGACGACAGACUGACUCAGAGACCAAGACCAACUAAAGAAUCUGGAGAUGAACUGAUCCAGACUGAGGAGAACCAGAGAACCUCAGCAAGAAGAUACACAUUUGACAAAAGGACAAAGUGAGCAGCGCUGCUGCUGAAUUCAUCUCUGCUAACUGUCCUCUGUGUGGAACAAAUGUUAUGAGUGUGUGUGAUUGUGUGAUUUUUUUUUUUUAAGCAUAAAACCCUCAUCAUUGUAACAAAUUACAAUAAAUGUAAGUACAAAAUUAU